AAAUGGUACCUCUUUAGAGCGAAAGAAAAUUCGGCAGACAAAAUAGUUUUUUGUUGAACGUUCUCUCAAUUUUUGUUAAGGUAUUAGUUAACACGAACCGCAGAAAACACGCCCGUUGUUCGGUGUAUUUUUAUUUUUAUUCUUCUGCUGAUUCGAGUAGUGUCAGAAAUAUCUAAGAAAAUAAAACACCAAAGAGCUCUUCGACUCUAAACUUUUUUUUAUUCAUUAAUAAAUAUUAUAAAAAUGCAACAAAUCUACCAGAUCCAAUCACCAUACCAACAACAACAACAGCAACAACCAUUACCUGUUCAACAUGUUGUGGUAUUGCAAAUUCCGAUGGAAGAUCAUCCAGUUCAUACUACCUGUCCAUCUUGUCACGCAACCAUACAGACGACAGUAACCGAAGAGACAAGUGCAAAUACACAUUUGUUGGCUGGAUUUUUGUGUAUGAUGUGUUGCAUACCUUGCGCAAUCAUUCCUUAUUUUUGUUCAACAACCAAGAAUUCAGUGCAUACUUGUCCUAACUGUACUGCUUAUAUUGGGACAUACAAUCCUUUUCACCGACGACGCUAUAAUAGAUGGUAAUCAUUGGAAAUACAAUAAAUUUGUUUUUGACUUUAAUAAAUUAGAAACAGCAACAAGUUAACACAACUGAA